CUCGGGUGGUGGUGUCGACGACUUUUUUGAUCGAUCUUAUCUUAUCGGCGACGGGCGGUUCCUGCAUCUGCACCCAGACCCACUCCCAGACCUCUCUCAUCCGACAACUCUACCCCGCAAGCAUACUAGGCCUAACUCUGAUACUCGGAGAGACUCGGUCAUUGAUUGCGCCUUCUUUGACCAGCUUUGUUGCACUAUCUCGUUGCUUCCUGUUCCGCCAGGCUACGCAGGUCGCAGUUACCCUAUCAACAAACCCCGUAAACAACACAACGCCAACCUUCACCGCGCCCCUGCCGCAAUGUCUCAACCGAAGACCUCCUCCAAGUCAAAAUCCUCCAAGAGCGAAUCAAAAUCUUCCAAGAGUGAUUCCUCCAAGGUGCACAAGCUUGCGCUCAAGGGCUCUUCGAAAGUCGUUAACGAGUUCUUUGAGUACUCCGUCAACACCAUCCUCUUUCAAAGAGGUGUUUACCCAGCCGAGGACUUCACCGCCGUGAAGAAAUAUGGGCUGACUAUGAUGGUGACUGCCGAUGACCAGGUCAAGGCCUACAUCAAGAAGAUCAUGGGCCAGCUGAAGGAGUGGAUGUAUGGAGGCAAGAUCUCAAAGCUUGUCGUCGUCAUUACGAGCAAAGAAACUGGAGAGCAUGUUGAGCGCUGGCAAUUUGACGUCCAAAUUUACGGGAAGAGCGCAAAGGCGAAAUCGUCCAAAAAGACGGCCGACCAAGAAAACUCCGUUCCAGAUGCCAGCGAGGCAUCGGAAGACAAGACCGAAGCUGAGAUCCAGGCCGAGAUCCAGUCUGUUUUCAGGCAGAUCACUGCAUCUGUGACUUUCCUACCCAUGCUGGACGGAAACUGUACCUUCAACGUUCUUGUCUAUGCCGACACGGACUCUGAAGUGCCUCUCGAGUGGGGUGACAGUGACGCCAAGGAGAUCAAGAAUGGCGAGAAGGUGCAGCUGCGGAGCUUCAGCACAAGCAACCAUCGUGUGGACACUCUAGUGAGCUACAGACUUGCCGACUAAAAUCCGUCGCGUUUAAGCUUCUACCUUUCUGUGUCCUUUCCCAUUUUUCUCACCUGCUCGACUUUUUCGCCCAGGCGCACGGAGUAUUUGGGUCGCAGCAUGUUCCAGGGUUCGAUGACUAAACUCGCGGCAUUUCUCAAAGCCUUCUACGCGGCGGUAUCCACACACCAAUGAAUAUCAUGCAGUUGCCUUCAAUUUUCAUCCAGAAGUGAACCUAUCCGAUAACGAACACGUGCCU